AAUCAGCGUGUACGUUUCCCACGUCUCCCUCCACAACCAGCUAGUUAGCUUUCUAGCUAAAGGAUACGGAACCCGAAAACCAGGGCGAACAACGCAUUUUCUUUAAUUUGUUAACGUUUACUGAUACAACAAACGCGAUCAAUAAUCAGCGUUUGUUUACGGUUUGUAACGCGCGUGAAAACGUAGCUCUAUAUCGAGGGUAGCGUCGCAUUACCUUGCACCGGUUUUAUGUGAGCACAAAGGCCCACACAGCCCGCUGUUUCCAAGCAUGUAUCCUUGGGGUACUAACUACGGUGGUGGCCAUCAACCACCUUCGCAGCAGAACUUUGGUGCGCCGUCUCCUCAAGGCGAAGGCUUCGGAGGAGGAUUCGGGAGCCGCGGAGCCGCUACGCCCGCAGCUGCACCCGGUUCGACUUUCAACAGCCUGCGGGAGCAGCAUCUCCAGCAGAUGCAGCAACUGCAACAGCUCCACCAAAAACAGCUCCAAUCCGUGCUGCACCACGACAGGAACGUAGAUGCAAACCCAUAUGGCGGCGGUGGUACUGCGGCCGAAUCGUGGCAAGGCAGUUCGGGAUAUGGGUAUGGUUCAACGGGGCCCGGUGCCCCUUCCCCUUAUCAAGAUGAGUAUCAGACCAUACAAGCCGGUCCUCCCGGACCACAACAGCAGCUGCCGCCGCCGGUACCACCACAGUCCCCGCAGUCCAAGGAGGCCCAGCCUUCCGCACCAGAUUCGACCCUUCCGGUGCCCACUCAGAAUAAUGGUACUCCAGCGACUAAAGAGGUAAACAAGAAAGAAUCUUUGGCCUCGAAAGACCAGGCACAUUCCUCUGGGUCGGAGGAGGAAAAGCCCGAUUUUACGUCAAUGUCGUUGCAGGAGCAGCAACAGUACUGGUACAAGCAGCAUCUCCAGAAUCUGCAGAGGCUGAAAGCAGAGAAGGCCAAACAGGGUGAUGGCCCAACGCCCCGGCCCCACUCGGCUGCAGCCGCGCCUCCCCCUCCAUCGGAACCCCCUAAGAACGCCCCUCCACCACCCCCACCCAAAGAGGAGCCCCCACCACCACCUCCACCCGAGGACAAAACGCCUGCGCCCCCAGCCCAGGACCCAGCAGAGGCGGCCCGGCUGCAGCAGCUCCAGAGUGCAGCGGCCCAGUGGCAGCAGGCCCAGCAGCAGAGAGCGGGCUACCAGUACCAAGCCCUGAUGCGGCACCAUGCUCAGCUACAGGCCAUCCUCAACCAGUACCAGCAGUGUAUCCAACAACCUGCACAUCUAGAGACGAUGGCUAUGGCCAUGCAGCUGAGUCACUAUGAGACGCAGCAGCAGCAGUUUGGCCCGGUGUUUGCAGACUGGGGCCGCACCUUCAGCCAGUGGCAGGAGGAGUUCCAGUCCUACCCACAUAAAGACCAGCUACAGGACUAUGAGUUACAGUGGAAACAGUGGCAGGAACAGAUGAACUCGACCUCAGCACACCUACAGGAGAGGGUCACCACCCUGCGAGCCAUGCAGCAACAGUACGGAGGAGGCGGCGGUGGACAGUACGGCGCUGAUCAAUACAGUAGUAGUGACCAGUAUGGUAGUGGAGGGUACGGGAACCAAUAUGGUCAGUACCCAAACUCUGGACCGGACUCGCAGAUUCAACAAGGUCACAUGGUGAGCCCGUCCAUGCCGUCCCAGCCAGGUAACCAGCCCUCGUCCACCUCUGGACCCAUGUCGCAGGGCCCUCGACCAGGGCAGCAAGGCCCCUCAAACGCCCAACGCAUGGGAACCCCCACAGGAGAACCACACCAAGGGCUUCAGGCAGAGCAGUACAACCUGUCUGGACCUCCAGGGAGAGGCCCAGGAGGGGCGGGCCCAGGAGGGGCGGGCCCAGGAGGGAGAGGACCAGGAGGGGCGGGCCCAGGAGGGAGAGGGGCGGGUCCAGGAGGGGCGGGUCCAGGAGGGGCGGGCCCAGGAGGGAGAGGGGCGGCCAGACCACCAGUUCCACCACCAGGACAGCCUCCACCCUACCAAAGCCUCAGAGGACCACGGUUUGAUGGUCCGAGAGGGAACGGCCCGCUGUUUGACCAGCAGCAGCAAUCUGGUCAACAGCAGAGGUUUAAUGCUCCACCAGGCUCCAGGUUCAACGAGCAGCGCCAGAGGUUCGACCAGCCUGGCCCCAGAGGACCAGGGCCUCGAUUUGGGCAGCAGGGGUCCCGGUUCGACCAGCCCCCGAGACAGAGCCCCCCUGGCCGCUUUGAAAGACCACCUGGUCCCCCAGUUCCCCAUAUAGGCCCACAGCCUAAACCAGACACGGGUAAAGACACCCAACCACCACAGGGUAAGACUGAGACGCCAGCGGGAUCCAAGCCUCCUGGUAAUAAACCUACCGGGCCAGCGAAACCAGGAGCAGAACCGGAGGAUAUGUCAGAGGACAUGUUGGACUCACUGGACGGCUUCUUCGUCCAAAAGGACCCCAUCCCUCAGACGAAGGCAGAGGCUGACGCUGCUGCUGCUAGUAAGGGAUCCACCGCCAACAUGGAGAAGGUGAGCCCUACUGGUCCUGCCGAUGCCAAGUCCCAUGUGUCUACCGACGCCUCUGUGUCCCCGAAAACCGCUUCCCCCGCCAAGACCGCUUUCAAACCAGGUGGACUGGAUGGGCUAUUGAAGAAUAAUGUCAAUAACAGGCCUCAGGGACCACCGGGGCCGAAGCCCCACGGACCGGAUCCUUUGAAGACAGACUCAAUGACCAACCAACCUCCUGGUCCUCCGGGGCCCAUGGGACGUGGCCAGCUGCUAGGGUCUGUCAGAGGAAGAGGGGAGGUGGAUUUAGGGAUGAGGGGAGGUAGAGGACGAGGGGAGGCGGAUGGAGGGAUGAGGGGAGGUAGAGGACGAGGGGAGGCGGAUGGAGGGAUGAGGGGAGGUAGAGGACGAGGGGAGGCGGAUGGAGGGAUGAGGGGAGGUAGAGGACGAGGGGAGGUGGAUGGAGGGAUGAGGGGAGGUAGAGGACGAGGGGAGGUGGAUGGAGGGAUGCGGGGGCGAGGAGGAAGAGGUGGUCUGAGGGGACGUGGAGGAAAACAGCCCGGUAUCCCAGACUUCAGUCCCAACACUAUCACCCUGGGAGGUGGGAGGACGGAAGACGAUAUGGAGGGUGUUCCUUACGACUACAGACCUCCACAUGAAGAGAUGAGAUCACAACAUGGAGGACCAGAGGAGGACUGGCAGCAGGACCCUUCACUGGAGAAACCUGAAGGUCCUCCUCUGCCUGAAGAGGAGAUGUGGGUCCCUGAAGAGCACUACUACCCUCCAGAGGACUACUACGAAGACCCAGGGAGAGGAGGUCCCCCUAUGGGGAGAGGAGAGCCUCUAGACGGGCACCACUGGGAGGAAGCAGACCCCCCACCUCCAGAGUACUGGGGAGAGGAAGGAGAUCCCUACUGGAUGGACCGGAGGCCCCCUCCUCAUGGCAUGAGAGGAGGCCCCCGAGCCCCUUUCCCUCCUGGACGUGGUCGCCCUCCACGCGGCCGACCCGGCUUCAUGCACCAGGGGGGUCCCAGACGCCCCCUUCCUCCUCCUCACGGAGCCAUGGACCCCCAUGACCCUCUAGGAUCCCCCAUGGGGCCUCAUGAUGACAUGGACCCUCUGGGACCCCCACUGCAUCGGGACUACAACCCCCGAGGGCCGACCAUACACCACGAUAUGAUGGAGCGAGACAUGAGGGGGCGGCCUCCUCCGCCUAGAGAGAUGAUGGACAGAGAUAUGAUGGGGCCUGGUGAUCCUCCAUACCACGACAUGGAUAGGGACCUUGGCUGGCCCCCGGGCCCAGGAAGACUCCCCAACCACGGCAGAGUCGGGCCAAGAGGUCCCCCUCCAUCUCCCCUUGAGUUGAUGAUGGAGCGAGGGGGGAUGAGGAGACGUCCGAUGGGCAGGGGCCGGGGCAUGAUGCAGCAACUACCUCACCCACACGAGGAGAUGGAGGGGUACCCCCACGACGGGUACGGGGAGGAGUUUGGUGGUCCUGAUGAUGACGGGUAUGGAAGACCGCUACCACCACGUGACUGGCCGAACCGCCCGCCACAUGAAUACGAGCGUGAGGAGGAGUUUUAUCCACAUGAGCAGCCUCCUCGUGGUGGGGAAUGGGACAGGGAGAGAGGAGGACCACUACCAGAGAGAGACUACCCUCCCUACCCUCCCCCAGGCCGCUUCAGAGAGGACGAGUGGACUGAUGAAAGGGACCGAGACCGUCCUCCAUACGCCUACGAGGGAGACCGAGAUCGUCCUCCAUACGCCUACGAGGGAGACCGAGAUCGUCCUCCAUACUCCUACGAGGGAGACAGAGACCUUCCUCCAUACGCCUACGAGGGAGAAGAGCACGGAAGAGGAGGCAAGCUACCAAGUCGUGACUACCCGGACGACCCUCCUUACCGGCACGAUGAAACCCCCUACUUGCCCCCUUCAGAGUGGGAGAGAUCAAGACCACCCCUUCCGGAGAGAAACUACCCCCCAGACUUUGAGGAGCAUAGGCUCCAUUACGACGGGCGAGCCGAGCCACCUAGAUCAGAUCUAGGUAUCCCUCCACCCACAACUUCCCAGGGCCUUGCUCCUCCCAGUACUGGACCAGACAGUUCCUCGGAACCAGCCUCACAGGGAACUGGACCGGGCAUACUGGCUCUGUCCCAACGACAACAUGAGAUCAUCCUGAAAGCUGCCCAUGAGCUGAAGCUUAUCAGGUCUGUUUCUCUGGUACUGAACAGAGAAAUGCAGGAGAAUUUGACCGAGGGAGAGACCCUAUCCAUCAUGUCUGACCCCAAGACGGAGCUCCCUGCUGGGCUACUGGGGCUGGAGAUACCCCCUGAGGUCCGGAGUGCCCUGCAGGCGACCAAUCUCAUUUCUAGCUCAACUGCUGCAAAAACAGUGAUGUGGGGAGACACCAAACCUCAAGAUACUGGGUACCUGUCCUCCGUUCCUCCAGUGCCCAACGCACCAGUCAUCCCGAAGACCGUCGACUAUGGACAUGGACAUGACCUGGGUGCUGCCACGGUGGAGCGAAUCUCUUACGGUGAGAGGAUUGUGUUGAGGCCUGAUCCCUUACCUGACCGAGAGAGGAGCUAUGAAAAAGAACUGCUGGGCCCCCUGAGAGAGAGGGACCCCUACCACAGAGACAUGUACUACGACAGACGACCUGUAGAUCCCUACAUGGAGCGCAGAGAGUACAGCAGAGAGAGGGAGAUGUACAGAGAUAAAGCUCCCAUGGACUUUGAAAGAGAACGAUACGAGAGGGAGCGCUAUCCGCCUCGAGAUGACAGCAAAAACUUCAUGGAUAUUGAUGAAAGACAACCCCCAGGCCAUCCUCGCCCCGGCCCCCCACCUCCUCGCCCGGGCUACAGGGACAGAGACAUGAGGGAGAGGGAGGGCAACCGGACCAGUAGAGACAGAGAGGAUCCUUAUGGAAGGCCUGGGGGUUAUGACAGACCUCCGUUCGAGCGCGGGCCUGAGCGUGGGCCGGAGCGCUACGACCAUGGUGACGAACGUGGGCCGGAACGCUACAACCACGGCGCCUCAACAUAUGGUGAACGGAGGAGUUACCCAGAGGAGAGGGGAGGAGGAGGAGGAGGCCCCACGUCGUCCCACCCUCCCCCCCCACCGACUGCUCCUCCUUCCAGGAUGGAGAAGAAACCGGAGACCAAGAACGUGGAGGAUCUUCUCAAACUGCCAGGCCGAGACACUCGUCCAGAAAGGAUCGUCAUCAUAAUGAGAGGCCUACCAGGAAGUGGAAAAAGCCACGUGGCCAAGCUGAUACGGGACAAGGAGGUAGAGUGUGGAGGUGCUCCGCCCAGAGUGCUGGGCUUAGACGACUACUUCAUGACGGAGGUGGAGAAGGUGGAGAAGGACCCAGAAACAGGGAAACGGGUCAAACUCAAGUGUCUGGAAUACGAGUAUGAAGCCGAGAUGGAAGACACGUACAGGAACAGUAUGCUGAAAACAUUCAGGAAGACCCUCGACGACGGCUUCUUCCCCUUCCUCAUCAUCGACGCUAUUAAUGACAGGGUUAAAUACUUUGAUCAGUUCUGGAGUGCUGCCAAGACUAAAGGCUUCGAGGUGUACUUGGCUGAGAUCACUGCAGACAAUCAGACUUGUGCUAAAAGAAAUGCCCACGGGCGGAAGAUUAAGGACAUUCAAAAGAUGUCCAGUAACUGGGAGGCGUCUCCACGUCACAUGGUGCGUCUGGAUGUCCGUUCCCUGCUUCAGGACGCUGAUAUUGAGGAGGUUGAGAUGGAAGACUUAAAUCCUGAUGACGAGCCGCUGAUGGAGCCCAAGAAGGAGGAGGAGGAGGAAGAUAUUAAGGGUUACAUUCCACAAAGCAAAUGGGAGAUGGACACUUCUGAUGCCAAACUCGACAAGCUGGACGGCUUGGUGAUGGGGGGGAAGAGGAAGAGGGAGGGAGACGAUGUGGCAGGCAUGGAUGACUUUCUUCAGCUGCCGGACGACUACGCCACACGCCACUCUGAACCCGGCAAGAAGAGGGUUCGCUGGGCUGACCUGGAAGAGCAGAAGGACGCAGAACGUAAGCGUGAUAUCGGCUUUGUGGUGGGUCAAACAGACUGGGAGAAAAUCACCGACCAGAGCGGACAGAUAGCUCAGAGAGCUCUCAACCGCACUAAGUAUUUCUAAAAACACAAGAUCGUUGCCCUCACCCCGUGCUUCUUGAUUUAUAGGUCUGCAGACUGUGAAUAUGCUUAACCCGUUUCUCGAAAAACAAAGUCACGAAGACUACUCAUUCUACCUGUUGACUUUUAGGAGAUCCAUAGUUGUUUAUUCCAUUAUUAGAAUACAGGAUAGCUUUAUCUUGCGUUUAAAAAAAAAAUAUAAUAAUAAUUCUUGAUCUUUAAUUUGAGUAUUUUUAGUUUUUUCUUCAUCCUUUCAAUGGUAGAAUUCAUGCACCAGUCGAGCUUUGCUUCUCAUUUUAUACUGUAAUGUCUUCCUGUAUGUUAGCACUGUUGCUUAUUUUAUUAAAUAAACUGAAGAAACAAUAAAAGUUUCACACACAAAACAA